AUGUCGUCGAAGAAACCGGGAGAGCGUCAAGUGCUAGAAUCAAUCUACACAAUGAUCGCUCUCGUCUUCGUACUUGUCACCUGCGUCGAGCUCUGCGACGCCGCCACCGUCGUUGACGUCUACCGGUUAAUCCAAUACGAUAUCUCCGGCGUUCCGUUCGGAUCUCGUUUCGCUACUCUGAACCACCACGCCGGUUCGUUGCAUUUCGCUUCUGGUGUCGAUCUUUCUCGCACUGUCGUCAUCAUUCCAGUUCGCGAAUUGAACAUCACUUUCGUUAAAGAAUAUUUUGCGCAAAGAAAGCCUCUGGGAGGAUUAUUGUUUUUGCUGCCACAAAUGUUUAAUUUUGAAAAUAGAGACGUCGUGUCGGGGAGUGAGGAUGAAAUCCAUGAGAAGGAGCUGAUCAAGACUGUUUUGGUGGAGCUUGAACGAUUGCUCAUUCAUGCAAGUAUACCUUAUCCUGUAUAUUUUGCUUUUGAGGAUGAUGACAUUGAUGCUGUGUUGGCUGAUGUCAAGAGGAGUGAUGCCUCUGGUCAGCCUGCUACUGCAACAACUGGCGGCUACAAGCUUGUUGUCUCAGCACCAGAACCUAAGAAAAUUGUAUCACCCACCAUCACAAACAUUCAGGGGUGGUUGCCAGGACUGAAAGCAGAUGGAGAUCCAAAUCAACUUCCAACUAUUGCUAUUGUAGCAUCAUAUGAUACUUUUGGAACCACUCCUGCAUUAUCUGUUGGAAGUGAUAGCAAUGGGAGUGGUGUUGUGGCACUUCUAGAGAUAGCUAGGUUAUUUUCUCUUCUUUAUUCAAAUCCAAAGACAAGAGGACGGUAUAAUUUACUUUUUGGGCUAACAUCCGGUGGACCUUAUAACUACAAUGGAACUCACAAGUGGCUUCGGAGCUUUGAUCAACGUCUACGAGAGAGCAUUGAUUAUGCUAUUUGCUUAAAUAGUGUUGGCUCAUGGGAUAAUGAAUUGUGGAUUCAUGUGUCCAAGCCUCCAGAAAAUGCCUUUAUUAAACAAAUUUUUGAAGGUUUCUCCUCAGUAGCAGAAGAGCUGGGCAUUGAAGUUGGUCUGAAGCACAAGAAAAUUAAUAUUUCAAAUCCUCGAGUAGCUUGGGAGCACGAACAAUUUUCAAAGCUGAGGGUGACGGCAGCUACUCUCUCCGAACUCUCUGCAGCACCGGAACUGUUUGAAAGCACAGGAGGUCUGUCUGAUAGCAGACAUUUUGUAAAUGAAACUGCAAUAGUUAGAAGUAUCAAGCUAGUUGCUGAGAGUAUUGCGAGGCAUAUCUAUGGUCACCAAGGGAAAAACGUUCAAAUCUUUGCGGAUGACACUAGUUUAGCUGUCAAUGCUCCUUACAUAAUAUCCUGGUUGGAUCUUUUGUCGCAAACACCUCGAGUGGCACCAUUUCUAUCAAAGAAUGAUCCAUUUGUCGUUGCACUGAAAAAGGAAUUAGAAGAUCAUACUUAUGAAGUACACAUGCAACAUGAGGUGCUUGAUGGGAUGUUCACACUCUACGAUUCAACUAAAGCUAAACUAAACAUAUAUCAGGUUGCUAGCGUAACAUUCGACUUGCUGUUGCUUCUAGUGCUAGGAUCAUAUCUGAUAAUACUAUUUACUUUUCUGGUUAUCACAACUAGGGGUCUUGAUGAUCUUAUAAGUUUAUUCCGACGGCCUCCCUCUCGUAAGGUGAAAACAGCAUGA